GACCUUUGACUUUUUCUUGUUUCAUCCUCAAAUACAACAAUGCGAUACAACCAAUGAAACAAAAUUCUCCCCCACAAAUCCCCUUUCUAUAUUAUUCUGAUUCCCAAAGGCAAAAUAUCCCACUUGUUAUCUUUUUCUCAAGUUUUUUUUUUUUUACAUGAUUCUUGAAAAAUGGCUUCAGAAAUUUUCUCUAAGGUGAAAAGUGAAGGCGGAUCAUCAGAAAGUGGUGGUUCUGAGAGUGGAGCUGAUGAAAGAGGUGUAAAUAAUGAUAUGUGUGAAUAUUUUGGUUGGGUUUAUCAUUUGGGUGUUAAUUCAAUUGGACAUGAAUAUUGUCACCUUAGAUUCUUGUACAUACGUGGAAAGUAUAUGGAAAUGUAUAAGAGAGACCCCCAUGAAAAUCCUGGCACUAAACCAAUAAGGAGGGGUGCUAUAAAUCACACACUUAUGGUGGAGGAAAUAGGCCGUCGACAUGGGGAUCUCUAUGUGUUGAGGUUUUACAAUCGAUUGGAUGAGUCAAAAAGGGGAGAAAUUGCUUGUGCUUCGCCUGGUGAAAUUCGAAAAUGGAUGGAAGCCUUUGAUCGAGCAAAACAACAGGCAGAUUAUGACCUUUCAAGAGGUCAAAGUGCAAGAGAUAAACUGAAGUUAGAGAGCGAGAUUAACCUUGCUGGGCAUCGACCUAGAGUACGGCGGUAUGCACAUGGCUUGAAGCAGCUGAUAAGAAUAGGACAAGGUCCCGAGAAACUUUUGCGCCGAGCCUCAAGCUUAGGCGCCAACAGGGAAUCAGAUGUAUACUUUGAAGCAGAUGGUGCAGAUGUAAUUGAAGCACAUAAGUGGAAAUGUGUUCGUACUCUUGAUGGUGUUCGGAUAUUUGAAGAUAUGGCAAACAAAAAGACUCGUAAAGGAGUUCUCGUCAAGGCUGUUGGUGUUGUCGAAGCUAGUGCAGAUACCGUCUUUGAAGUGCUUUUGAGUCUUGAUCGACGUCGAAGAUAUGAGUGGGAUACAUUAACAGGGGACGUGGAGUUGAUAGAAUCUUUGGAUGGUCACUGUGAUGUUGUUUAUGGGACACUUGAUCUCAGAAAACUUUCUUGGUGGCAAUCUAAAAGAGAUUUUGUCUUUUCUCGGAGGUGGUUUCAUGGUCAAGAUGGAACAUAUACAAUCUUGCAUUUUCCAACUGAAUACAAGAAGCGGCCUCCGAAAAGUGGAUAUCGACGUAUAAAAAUGAUCGCUUGUUCUUGGGAGAUCAGCAAUUUAAGCACUUCCUCAUUAAAUCCUGCCAGAUGCCUUGUGACAUUGACUCUGGAGAUACGUUCUAAGGCCUGGCUUAAGUGGAAGAAUAAUGAGUUCUCUAAAUUCGAGAGAACGCUUCCUUUCGGAAUGUUGAGUCAAGUGGCAGGUCUGAAGGAAUAUAUUGGAGCAAAUCCAGCACUUACAUUUGAAUCAUCCACUGUGGUUGUUCAGUCAAAAACAUCUGAUGUUUCAAGCAAUGAGCUUGAGGAUGCAAUGGGAUCAGAUGAAUUCUAUGAUGCAACAGAUGGUGAUUCGUCAUCAGAAGAUGAAGAUAGGGAUGAUGAAGUAUCCAAUAAGCAGGACAAAAAAGUCAAGCUAAAAAAUGUUUCAUGGGCCAUAGCAAACUUGGCCUUAAAGAAGACAUCGGACACGUGUAAGGAACUAAAUCCUGACGUACCUCCAGUAACUCUUGAUCCAAGUCAAUUUCAUGGUACCAUGCGGCAUGGGAAGGGUGAUGGUGACUCUGAUUGCUGGUCUUCCCCAAGUGGCUCUGGUUUCAUGAUCAGAGGGAAAACAUACUUGAAAGACAGUACAAAGGUCACUGGUGGAGAUCCAUUGCUCAAGCUUAUUGCAGUUGACUGGUUCAAGGUGGAUGAAUGCAUCACAAAUGUUGCUCUGCAUCCUAAGUCUCUUGUUCAGUCUGAAGCAGGGAAAAAAAUUCCAUUCAUCCUAAUAAUUAACCUUGAGGUUCCAGCUAAACCAAAUUACAGCCUGGUUCUUUAUUAUGCUGCUGACAGACCUGUAAAUAAGAGUUCAUUAUUGGGUAAAUUCAUUGAUGGAACCGACUCUUUCCGUGAUUCAAGAUUCAAACUGAUUCCAAGCAUUAUUGAGGGAUACUGGAUGGUUAAACGUGCCGUUGGGACUAAAGCUUGCCUAUUGGGGAAGGCAGUAACAUGCAAGUACCUUAGACAAGAUAACUUUCUGGAGAUCGAUGUGGACAUCGGUUCAUCAUCUGUGGCAAGAGGUGUUAUUGGUCUUGUACUGGGUUAUGUCGCAAGCCUUGUUGUUGAUCUUGCUAUUCUAAUAGAGGCAAGAAAAGAGGAUGAACUCCCUGAAUAUAUUCUUGGAACUGUUAGACUAAAUCGAGUGAAGGUCGAUUCUGCUGUACCAUUGGAAGGUUGAUGAUUCUUUCGUUGGUAAGUAGAAUUAAUCGCCGCCCUGAAAUCGAAUAUAGCAGAAUCUUUAUUAUACUAAUAUGAUAUCCCUACAUGUUCGGGACCGAGGUGUAGUACUUGUUGUACUGUAAUGAUAUACCAAGAACAACACAGAAUCAAAUGCUGUACUGAAAAUAUCUAUUGUUGAAACAAAAGUUGUAAGAUGAAUGUUGGAGUGAAUACUAAAAAUCCAUAUACUUUUUGUGACAGAUAUAGUGAUUGUCACUCCUGUAUGUAAACAGUGAAAUUUCAAACAUACAUGUUUGAAGUUUGGCCUUGGCAAGCCAAACGUCGGGCACGAUUGUCAGAA